CCAUGAGUUCAGCAAUUCCACACAAGAGCAAACCGUUGCCUCCGGGCAUAUACUGCCCAGUAAUCUCUUUGUUCAAAGGGACACCCCGGCAGGAGAUUGACUACGAUGCUUCCUACAAGUUCUUCACGCAUCUCAUCCGGAGUGGAAUUGCGGGACUCGUACUCGCUGGCACAAAUGCCGAGGCGGUUCUGCUAUCGUCGAUUGAGCGAAAGGAGCUAUUAAGAACUGCUCGACGGGCGGCUGUGGAUUUGGGGGUGGGUGACUUUCCACUGGUGGCAGGGAUUAGUGGGCAAUCAACCAACGAAUCUCUUCGCCUGGCUGAGGACGCUCGUGAGGCAGGAGCAGACUUUGGGCUACUUCUGCCGCCCAGCUAUUGGCCUAAAGCAGUCACAAAAGACGUCAUUUUGGACUUCUACACGGAGGUAGCAGACAGCAACAUUCUCCCAGUCGUUAUCUACAGCUUUCCAGCUGUCUGCAAUGGGGUGGAUAUGAACUCGGAUGUCAUGUCCACAUUGGCGCAGCAUCCCAACAUAGUCGGGGUAAAGUUGACUUGUGGUAACGCUGGCAAGGUUACCCGGUUAACUCAAGAAUAUACGCAUGGACAGUUCGGGGUAUAUGCUGGUUCAUCUGACUGGCUCAUCCCUUGUCUCAGCGGCGGCGGAUCAGGCUGCGUGACAGGAAUUGCUAAUGUUUUCCCGAGAUCAACUACCAAGCUAUUUUCUUUGUGGGAGGCCGGGCACCUGGAAGAAGCGAGAAACUUGCAGGGGCUGAUAUCUCAGGCCGAAAAGGCUUGCAAGGAAGGCAUUGCACCCACCAAGUUUGCCGCUGCACAUUUUGCCGGACCAGUCGCAGGAGUGACGGACCAAGCAGCAUUCCUCCCUCGAAAGCCGUAUAAAGCAUCAUCAGCAGCAACGCAGGAAUGGGUAAUCAGUGUGAUGAAGCAUCUUGUAGAUAUUGAGAGUUCUUUGCCAGAUGUGCAAAGGGGGUGAACAGAUAGGCUAUAAUAGAAGGAUGCUGUUUCAUAGCUAGAUUAUGUUCGACGUUAC